CCGGACAGGGAGGGAGGUUGCAAUGGCUGCAGCUGCUUUUGCAAGAGGCGCCGGGCGCUGCAGCGCGCAGCUCCCGCGGCCGCUGCUCCGCACCCAGCGCGCCUUUGCAAGGGCCGGCGGCGCGCCCGGGCGGAGGCAGCAUUGCCAGCAAGUUCCCGCGGAGCAGAGGCUGACUCGCACGUGGCAGCAGGAUGGGAUCAGGUGGGCCGGACAGAGGAGGAAUGGGCUUGUUUAUUUGCAUUUUUGUCCCGCUUUCCCCUCCAAAAAGCUCCAGGAGGUUUGCAUGCACGGUUCUCACCCGUGCACCAUUCUCCAUUUCAUCCUCACAACCACCACGUGAGGUUGGUUAGGGAUUUGAACCCUGUUCUCCCACGUCCUAGCCCGACGCUCUAACCACUGCACCGCACUGCCUGUGACGCACGAACGGACCCAGAGAAUUUGGGUUAGGGAGGUUUGCCUGCUCGCCUCCCCCCAACUGCUCAUCCCUUUGCCAGGGUCAAGUUUCUAGUCCCUUCCAAGUCCCUUGAGCUUUUAUGUCAACUGGAAAGAGAGAGUGGGUGGCAUUUUUUUGGACAGGGGAAUUGCUUAGGGAGGGGGUGAAGAAACUGACCCUCCUCUAGGUUUGGGGGGGGCAAACUCCUGCCAUCCCUGACCAUUGGUCAUGCUGGCUGAGGCAGGUGAGAGUUGGGUUCCAACAACAUCUGGAACAUGUUCCCCCGCCCCUUAUGCUGCGUGAAUCAUUUCACGCAAUCAUUUAAGUGAGAGUCAUUUUGGAGGGUUCCGCUUCAUCUCUUUUAAACACAUGAGCAUACAGAACGGGCAAGAUCCUGCGGUGAUCAAGGGCUAGUCUGGAUGACCUUUGGGGGACCUCUUCUGACUUCAAAAUUCUGUUGUUCCUGCUGCUAGGCAGAUGUGCUCUCUCCUGCAGACGAUGUUGAUUGUGCCUGAGGCCUUCUGCGUGCAAUGGAAAUGCUCGGCAUAUAUCUGCGUGAGCUGAACUGGGGCAAGGGGCAAAGGUGGCGCUUAAUGGUGGACUUUGAAAACCCUGUUGUCCAAAACUGGAGCUGAACCAAAAACUUGGGCCAAAGCUCCCAAGUUCUGCAAGCAAGAAAUAAAUUACUAGAACACUUACAGUUUGCAGUGUUUGGGUUCCAAGUUGUUUGAGUACCAAGGUGUUUGAGAACCAGGGUACCACUGUACUCAUAUAAUUUUUAAAACACUCUUUCCCCCCCCUACAUUUGAAGACUAGAUAGUAAGAAUAUGGGAACUGACAGAGCAGAAUUAACUAACGUUGUAGGAGUUUAUAUUUGUGUAAUGAGACAAUGUCCAACCCUAUGAAUUAUUGGGAAUUAAACAACAGCAAUUGGUAUACUUAAUGUCCUUUUGCUUUGUGGCUGUUGGCAACUCUGCUUGUUCGUUAGGUAUUUUUUGUGGGAGUCAUAAAGCCACGGUAAAGGCUUGUAAUAUUGCAGGGUGCCCCCUGACCUCGGCUGACCAGCACUCUGAGCUUUACAAUGUAUUGGAAUGUAUUGACCUUAAAUGGAGUUGUGUUUCCUCUGGGCAGUGAUGACCCUAUAUGGUGAUGGGGGCAAUAAAAGCCUUGACCGGAUGAGGUAACGUGAGACAUUGGCAAACGGCCAUGCGGCUGGAGAGAGACAAAGGAUAAUAAAAAAGCGACGGGAGGAGGGAGAAGUUCGAAAGGAGCUGCUCAUACCAUCCUGAAAAUAUUGCUGGCUCUCUGUAUCUUUUUUUUAUGCUAAACUGCGCCAUUUGUAACGGCUGGCUCCGACAAUUUUUUAUCUGGUGGAGAGAGAAAAACAACUUUCUUCCCAACCAUGUGAGCUAAAGGUAAAGGGACCCCUGACCAUUAGGUCCAGUCGUGGCCGACUCUGGGGUUGUAGCACUCAUCUCGCUUUACCUGCCAAGGGAGCCGGCGUACAGCUUCCGGGUCAUGUGGCCAGAGCAGCGCACAGAAACGCUGUUUACCUUCCUGCUGGAGCGGUACCUAUUUAUCUACUUGCACUUUGACGUGCUUUUGAACUGCUAGGUUGGCAGGAGCAGGGACCGAGCAACGGGAGCUCACCCCGUCACGGGGAUUUGAACCGCUGACCUUCUGAUCGGCAAGUCCUAGGCUCUGUGGUUUAACCCACAGCGCCACCCGCGUCCCAUCCAUGUGAGCUAGUUAACAUAUAUUUAUGGGAUGCAAAUGUGAUGUCUCUGGAUGCUUGGCUAGAGAGCUACAUUUUUGGUCCAUGGGUUGCAGAAGGUCACUGUUUCACUUCCUACCAUCUCCAGAUUGGACUGGAAAUUUCCCUCUGUGAAAUCCUGCAACGCAACUUCCAGUCUAGCUGCCGCAUCACAUUAAACCACAGUUAGAAGCAAACCGUGGUUUAGCGUGAAUGCAUGCCCACAGUUUCAUGAUGAAUCAUAUUUUUACCGGAGAUAUGAUUUCAUGAAUCAUAUUUUUACCGGAGAGGUUACAUGCACAUUGAUACAACAUAAUCCUUUGUUACCCACAAAUCUUAACACGGUGCUGACAGCUACAAAUGAAAGCAUCUCUCAUAAAAAUUAUAUUUCACAGGAAUAUUGUUUUGAACAAUCCUCUCAAGAGAAAUGCACUUUCGCUCUCCAUGAUAAGCUCCCUCCGUGAGGAUAUCCUGCGUGAUAUUGAAAGCACCGAUCUGAGAGUCAUUAUAAUUUCAGGUAUUUUGCUCAUCAAACCUAUGAGGGUAGGUAUGUAACUUUGGGUUUAUAUAUUGUAAACCGUUCUGUGAGCCUUGGAUGGAGGGUAGUAGAGAAAUUUAAUAGAUAAUAAUAGUAAUAGUAGUAGUAGUAGUAGCGAUAAUAAUAAUAAUAAUAAGGAGAAGAAGAAGAAGGUGGGGAAAUUGGUCUUACAAAACCAUUCAAAGUAUUUGUGCCACCUUGUCAUCCUUGAACAGUCUUUUGUCUAAGAAGAGACUUGUCUUCACUCCAUCUCUGACACCUCCAUCUAUUCACCCCCAGAUUCCACCCUCUCCUACAUCUCUUCACUAUCAGAUCAUAUUUAAUUUCUUCCCGCUCUUCGGACACCUUUUCUCUCCUUUCUGCAUUUAAAGCACCCUUACGAUUUCCAUCUUGCUUUGCCACCAGAAGUUCUUGUGCUACUUCAAGGUGGGGGGGGGGGUGUCAGCCUUUGGAGGCCCAGUGGGAACAUUUGAGAUUUUGAGAAAGUGCCAUGGGCACCAGACUGCAAAAUGGCAGGUGCUUGAAGGCCGGGUGCGUGGCGUAACACAAAAUGGCUGCCACAACUAAAAGAACAAAAGAGGCAGACCUCCACAAAAUGAACAGGGCUUUCCCCCUCAGAAUGGGAGGGUAGGUGGGUGUCCGGUCCUGGCAUCUAGUGAACUGUGGGCAUGUUUUAUCAGGGUGUGUGUGUAAGAGAUUCUGAACAAACAGGAAAUGGAUGACAGAUUCCCCAUCUCUGCAGUAAUGUGUGUGUCAGCCUGUCGUUUUCUUGGCAAGGAUUUGGUCAUGUCGAGGGUACAAGAUGCACAUAAAAUUCUCUUGCUUCCUUUCACAUGCCUUCUCCCACCCAGGAGAAGGUCCCGUUUUCUCCUCUGGGCACGACUUGAAGGAACUGGCGUUUGAGAAGGGCGAGAAGCACCACAGAGAAGUCUUUGAGACCUGCUCUGAGGUGAGAUGGUUCACAUCGAUGCCGCCACUGCUAAAGAGCUCACCUGCCUGGUUCAUCGGCUUCCAUCAUGCCACAAAAUUUUAAUUGGAUGGUUUGCUCAAAAAAACAACAACAACACACACGUUAAAGCGUUGCUUGAUGUUUCUGAAGACCUCUUCAGGAGAUAGAAUCAAAGGAAUAACAUCUGGCUGAGUGUUGGCAAGCGUAAGGAACUGAGUAGCCAGUUACCUUGAUACCUAGAAGACCCAACUGCUAAGACCUGCCCCUUGAAUAGAAUUGGAGGACUGUUAACUUGGAACAGGAUGGUCCGAGCAUAAUUUUGAGAUGGGUUAGGGGCCAUAGAUUUGAGAGGUUUUCUGUAUUUGACUAGCAAUGCAUCGGUGCUGUAUUAUUAAAUGCGUUCAUUUGCCUUAAUGAAAGUCAUAAAGGAUCUUGUCGUUAGAAGAAUACGGGUGACACUUUUCCUCAAUAAUAAUGAUAAGAAUAAGAUUUAUAUACCACCCUUUAUCCAAAGAUCCUAGGGCAGCGUACAACCUUUACAAAAUUAAUUCACAUAGCAUAAUAAUAAAGGCAAUAAAACAAUCACAUCAUAAUAGCCCCCCCCCCAUUUAAAAGGCCAUGGGUUGUCUAAUAAUGGCUGAAGGCCUGCCUAAAGACAUGCAAUGAUGGUUCCUGGUGAGCCUCUCCAUUCCACAAAUGGAGAGCCACCACAGAAAAGGCCCUUGCUCGUGUUGCCACUCUCCAAACUUCUCUGGGAGUGGGGGCACAGAGGAGGGCCUGAGAUGCAGGGUUUGGGUCGGUUCAUAUGGGGAGAGGCGGUCCUUAAGGUGUUGUGGUCCUGAGCCCUGUAAGGCUUUAUAGGUCAGCACCAGCACUAAAAAAAACUGCUUUCUUACAGGUCAUGACGUUGCUCCCCAAGCUACCUGUUCCUGUAAUCGCCAAAGUCAACGGCUUGGCCACGGCCGCCGGCUGCCAGUUGGUGGCCAGCUGCGAUAUUGCUGUGGCCAGCGAGGAAUCCAGGUUCUCCACACCGGGAGUGAACGUUGGCCUGUUCUGCUCAACGCCUGGAGUAGCCCUGGGGAGAUCUCUCCCGAGAAAGGUGGGGCUCUUCAGAAGAAGGGUUUUGUUGCCGUACUUUGUUCACUUGUUGUACUCGCUGCAAGCAGAUAGUCCCCAAACACAGCGGUCAUGUUGGCGCCUGAACUACAGGGGCUUCAUAACUGUGGGCGUGCCAUUAUCAGGGCCGGCCAAAGCGUUAGGCAGAGUGAGGCCGUUGCCUCAGGCAGCUGAUUUAAGAUGUCUUGAGAAAGGCAGCAGUUUUCAUUUAUUUAUCCUGUGCAUUUUCACUCCCACGGAGAGGCACACUUGUGGGACGUUCUGCCUCGUGCACUAAAAUAACUUGGUCAGCCUUCGGUUGAGCAAGGUGGGAGGGAGACAUUUGCUGUUCUGCCUUGGGCAGCAAAGUUUUGGGCUCGCCCCACUGAUUAUUAAACGGUAAGAAUUUGCCUGUGGUCUGGCAGUAUGUGCACAGUGACUUGGUCUCCAUAGGCCAGUCGUCUUCUUAUUCCUCUUUUCUCAUCCCAUGGGAUUUCCCAACAUGUAUGUACUACGUCUCCCAACCAGAUACUAAGAUCUUCCUAGUACAGGAGUGGGGAAUCUCUGACCUGAGGUCCUAAUGUAUCCCUCCAAACUUCUCUGCCUGGCCUCAUCACUCUCCCCCCGCCCCCCGGCCACUCUCUUCAUUGGCCUUGAUUCACAUUUUCCCUCAAUUUCUUUUGACGGACUAGAAGGGGGCUUCCCACACUUGGGUCUCCAGUUGUUUUUGGACAGUUGAAACAUCUUUUUUCGUCUUCUCCAGUUGAGCCAAAAUGGACUUAUGUGCAUGCAUUACGGAAAGUAACAUACAAAGGUACAUAAGGGGAAAUUGAUUUGCCAAAAAAAAUAAAAAAAAAUGUAUAUAUUAGGCAAAACUGCAAACAAACAUGCCUAUUUGGAGAAAUUUGCAUUCAAAUGCUGGUGAAUUUUCAUGAGGACUUCAAAAGAAAAUUGUGAGCUGAUGUGGAAAUGUGGAGAACUGUACUUAAAACUGGGACAAUGAGAAACUGAGAGAAACCAAAGUAGAUCGAUUUCUCCAUCCCUAUACACCACUCUGUCCUCCAACAGAAGGACGCAGCCAGGGGGUUCAGGAAAAAAAACCCUACUACAACUCCCAUCAUCCCUAGCUAACAGGGCCAGUGGUCGGGGACGAUGGGAAUUGUAGUCCCCCCAAAAAACAGCUGGCGACCCAAGCUUGGGAAACUCUGUGUCCUUGAAGUCUGAUCAUGAUUCUUGCUUGCCUGGAUGAAGACUAGAGAGGGAUGCGCUAGCAGAAUCUGGCCCACUGUACAUUUUGCAUUCGCCGCUCUGCCCGCCUGGCCCUUAAUUUCUUUGUUUGCGACAAUACUUUCCAGGUUGCGAUGGAGAUGCUGUUGACGGGAGAACCCAUGACCGCUCGGGAGGCUCUUUUGCACGGGCUCAUCAGCAGGGUGGUCCCAGAGGACAAGCUGGAAGACGAGACCCUGAGAAUCGCCCGCAGGAUAUGCGAGAGCAGCCGGCCUGUCGUGGCUCUGGGCAAAGCCACCUUUUACAAACAGAUGGAGCAGGACGUCAGCACUGCCUACAGAACGGCCUCCCGGGUCAUGGUGGAGAACCUGGCCCUGCAGGAUGGACAGGAGGGGAUCAAGGCCUUCGUCUCCAAACGCAAGCCGGCCUGGUCGCAUUCCUGAACCAAAACUUCCCAUGGGAUGGCCAGCCUCUUUUAAGAGCCAAAUCGAUUGAGAUCAUCGUAGCUGGUGCCUUCUCUCUCUGAAAAUCCUAGGGACUAUCAUCUUGUUAAAUGCGAUCUCUUGAUUAUGCAACAGGUCCGCCUUUGAAAAUUGAUGGUCUGUCUGAUACACAUUGAUCUGUUAAUCUGUAGAGGUGCAAUACCAAACAGGAAAGUGAUGCUCGUUGCAAUAUCGAAACAAAGUGGAUUUUAAUUCAGGCUUCUUUCGCUGCUAUGUAGAUAUAGGGAUAUAAAGAACUGCCUUGACACUGAGCCAGGCCAUUGAGCCAGUACUCUCACAGGCAGCCUCUUUCUUCUUCUGAUUCUCCUCCUUGAGUGUUGUUGUUUUAACUGGAGAUGCAAGGGAUCGAACCCAAGGCCGCCUGUGCAAAGCAUGCCACUAGCCUUAGCCGCUUUCUGAACGGCACGCCAAGUCCCACUCAGCACUGUGGAACCUUUUAAAGAACUGUUGUCUAUAUUAGCUAGUUAGAUCUGAUUCAGAUGAUGGGGGACCUGUGGCCUUCCAAGACGUUGUCGGACUACAACUCCCAUCAGCCCCUGUUGGCAUGGCCAAUGGGAGUUGUAGUCUGUCAACAGCUCAAGGACCACAGGUGCCCCUUCCCUUGUUUUAUGUGUUGGCAUCUUUGCUACUAAGCCAGCUCUGAGUCUGCAGUCCCUCCUGUCUUCCACCAUGGAGUAGAAGAGCUGAGACUUACCUCCAGUUGCCGUGGAUCAGAAGACCCCCUACACACAUGUCCCAAAGUUAUAUCCCGAGUUAUACUGCCACAUUUGUGUGGGUUUUGGAAGCCAGUCUUGGAUGAAUAGUAGGGUAUCAAUAGGCAAUUAUUGGAAGGGGGAGAGGUGUGUGUGGCCUGGGCUUCCCCAACCUAGAGCCCUCCAGAAGUUCCUGGACUACAGCUCCCAUCAUUCCUAGCCUGCAGGGCCUGCAGACAGGGGUGAUAGGAGUUACCCUCUGAGGGCAGCAGGCGGGUGUAGGCAGGGUCUUGGGAGCCAGACUAGAGGGGAGGGUGGUUGGAGAAGCUCAGAAGAAAUGCAUUCCUGUGGAAACAGGACCUGGAUCAAAAAGACAAUGCCAAAUGGCUACCAGGUUUGCAUUUUCAGCAAGGAGCUUCUCAGCAAAAAAAAGAGAAUAGCUCCAGAAAUACUUUGCAAGUGGGUCUUUUCUUUUGGGAGGUGUUUUGAGGAGCCCCUGACUCCCCAUUCCCUUGAUCUUUAUUAGACCUUGGAUGAAUCGCAGAAGAGUUUUGCUGACAACAAUGUCUCACCAAGAGUCGUGAUCUUCCUGGCUGAUGCAUUGCAAAUGGAUAGAGAGCGGACAUGAUUUAUUUCUGCAGCUAACCCUAUAAGCCUAUGAUUUCAAAAACCGGGAUAUUUGCACCAUCUUCCCAGAAAGGCACAGGCGAGAUGUAUUUCUGAUAAGAUCUUGUCACAAGGCACCGCACAGGAAACCCCAGCAAUUGCAGUUGCAGCUGCUUGACUGUAAGCUGAAAGGGGUUCUCUGAAUCACCUUUGUAAACUGGGUUGCUUUGCGUUUUGAAAGGAGGAAGUGAGCUACUCCUUGCAUGGUCGCCAGAGGGCGGUAUCCAUUCAUGUUGUAAUGCACAGUGCCUUUUUCGGUCCUGUAUGGUUUUUUUAGCUUCCCUGCUCCGAGUCUAGGAAACAAUAAAAAGCCAAGUAUUUUAGCAUCAUCUCCGCAUGCACC